GAGCGCGCGAGCGAGCGAGAGAGCGAGCUGUGAGCUGUGCUGCCGCCGCCGCUGCCCUUUGAUCCCGACAUUAGUGUUAGGGGCUCGGAGACACAGAGAGCGGCCAUAGACACCGCCGUACCGGCACUCAUUUAUUUAUACCUCCCAUCACACGCGAGCACAGGACACACACACACUCACACCUAUUAGAUCCGUUUCCAUUGAAGAAUAUUACGCUCGGGGACAAGCCAGGUGCACGACCAAAAAUUAAAAAAAAAAAAAAAAGGAAAAAAAAAAAGAAAGGAAAGAAAAAGAAGAAAAACCCCUCUUCUGGCUUCAGGAAACCAGCUUCAACCCAUUGCCCACACCGGAGAGAAGGGGUUUCCCCCUGCCCGCCCGCCCCCCAACUACCUCCCCGCUCCUGCCAGUGUCUGCCUCUCUGCCCCCACGGGGGUUUAUUUGAUCUCACAUUAACCAAGGAGGAGAAUGUGAGAAAAGGGGGAAAAUGCCCAGGAGGAAGCAGGAGCAGCCCAAGCGCCUUCCCUCACAUGUUAGUAGGCACGAAGAGGCCGAGGGAGAACUCAGUGAAGGAGAACAUUGGUAUGGAAACUCUUCCGAGACGCCGUCAGAAGCCUCCUAUGGGGAAGUCCAGGAGAACUAUAAGUUAUCCCUGGAGGACCGGAUCCAGGAGCAGUCCACGUCCCCGGACACCUCCUUGGGAAGUGCGACUCCCAGCAGCCACACCUUGGAGCUGGUGGCCCUCGAUGGUGAGGUCCUGAGAGACUCCCUGCCAUGUCAGGACCACCCUUCGCCUGGAGUGUCGUCUUUGUGCGAUGAUGACCCCCCAGGUGCCAACAAGCCCUUGAGCAGCAACUUGAGGCGGCUGCUGGAGGCCGGUUCCCUGAAACUUGAGGCCACAGCCACGGCCAAUGGCAGAGUGGAGUCCCCUGUCAAUGUUAGCACGAAUCUCUCCUUUUCCCCUCCGUCCCACCAUGCCCAACAGCUCAGUGUUCUGGCCCGGAAGUUGGCUGAGAAGCAGGACCAGAACGACCAAUACACUCCAAGUAGCCGUUUUCUAUGGAAUCAAGGUAAGUGGUUGCCAAACUCAACCACCACCUGCGGCUUGUCCCCAGACUCAGCCAUCCUCAAACUGAAGGCUGCGGCCAACGCUGUGCUGCAGGAUAAAUCCCUCAGCAGGACAGAGGACACCCUGCGCUUUGAGUCCUUCUCCUCCCCAUUCAGCUCCCAGUCCGCCAGCUCUACCUUGGCAGCUCUGUCCAAGAAGGUCAGCGAGAGAAGCUUGACCCCCGGUCAGGAGCACCCGCCUCCUGCCAGCUCCUUCCUUUCCCUGGCCUCCAUGACCUCCUCGGCAGCCCUUCUCAAAGAGGUUGCGGCAAGGGCCGCCGGCAGCCUUCUGGCUGAGAAGUCGUCCCUGUUGCCUGAUGAUCCUCUCCCUCCACCGCCUUCGGAGAAGAAGCUUGAGAAAGUGACCCCGCCACCUCCGCCACCACCUCCACCACCGCCGCCACCGCCGCAAUCCUUGGAAUUAUUGUUACUCCCAGUUGCUAAGGGGAGAGUGUCCAAGCCCUCCAACUCAGCCUCUGAAGAGGAAAGCGGGAAGCCUUUCCAGUGUCCAAUAUGUGGUUUGGUUAUAAAAAGGAAGAGUUAUUGGAAGCGACACAUGGUGAUUCACACAGGCUUAAAAAGCCAUCAGUGUCCGCUCUGUCCAUUCCGGUGUGCUCGCAAGGACAAUCUCAAAUCCCACAUGAAGGUUCAUCAGCACCAGGACCGGGGAGAGACAUUUCAGUGCCAGCUGUGCCCUUUCACUUCCUCCCGCCACUUCAGCCUGAAACUGCACAUGCGUUGCCAUCAGCACUUCCUGAGGACAGAGGCCAAGGUGAAGGAGGAGAUCCCAGACCCAGAUGUCAAGGGACCUUCCCACCUCAGUGACAGUGCCUGCCUGGGGCAGCAAAGGGAAGGAGGAGGGACAGAGCUAGUGGGGGCCUUGAUGACGUCUAACACUCCCGAGAGGACUAGCCAGGGUGGGGCUGGCAUCUCGCCUUUGCUGGUGAAGGAGGAACCCAAGGAAGAUAACGGCCUGCCCACCUCCUUUAGCCUGAAUUCUGCCGACAGGCCCGCCAACCACACAAAGCUGAAAGACCCGUCCGAGUAUGUGGCCAACAGUGCGUCAGCAUUGUUCAGCCAGGACAUCUCUGUUAAGAUGGCGUCUGAUUUUCUCAUGAAGCUGUCAGCUGCAAAUCAGAAGGAGCCCCUGAAUCUUAAUUUUAAAGUGAAAGAGGAGCCCAAGGAAGAGGAGCCCCUAAGCACGACCUUGCCACGGCCCAGCUAUGUGUUCAGCCCGGAGCCAGAAGCACCCACCCCAAACAUCUCUCAGGACACGCUGAAGUCGCAGGAGGAGAAGGGGAGCGUGCUGCGGCAGGAUAUGUCAGUGAAAGCGGCAUCUGAACUUCUCAUGAAACUCUCAGCGGAAAGCUACAAGGAAACACAGAUGGUGAAGAUUAAAGAGGAACCCAUGGAGGUUGACAUUCAGGACUCGCAUGCCUCCAUAUCCCCGAGCCGGAAUGUGGGCUACAGCACUUUAAUCGGGCGAGAAAAAAGCGAACCCUUACAGAAGAUACCAGAGGCCAGGGUACCCCCCGAGAGAAACCUCUUCAGCCAGGACAUCUCUGUGAAGAUGGCUUCCGAGCUCCUCUUUCAACUGUCGGAGAAAGUGAGCAAAGAGCACAAUCACACAAAAGAGAACACCAUGCGGACGACCACCAGCCCUUUCUUUUCAGAAGACUCAUUUAGACAAUCACCAUUCACCUCCAAUUCAAAAGAUCUGCUGCCCAGUGAGUCUCUGCUUCAUGGAAGAAUAUCAACUCCAGAAACAGAAAAGAUAGUCCUCGAGGCAGGAAAUGGCUUACCAUCCUGGAAGUUCAAUGACCAGCUUUUUCCCUGUGAAGUGUGCGGGAAGGUGUUUGGCCGGCAGCAGACAUUGUCACGGCAUCUCUCACUGCACACAGAGGAAAGAAAAUACAAAUGCCACUUGUGCCCCUAUGCUGCUAAGUGCCGUGCGAAUCUGAACCAGCACCUGACCGUCCAUUCCGUGAAGCUGGUGAGUACGGACACCGAGGACCUCGUCAGCGCCGUCACCUCGGAAGGCAGUGAUGGGAAGAAGCACGCUUACUACUACAGUUGUCACGUGUGCGGAUUUGAGACCGAGCUCAAUGUCCAGUUUGUCAGCCACAUGUCACUCCACGUGGACAAGGAGCAGUGGAUGUUCUCCAUCUGCUGCACUGCCUGUGACUUUGUCACCAUGGACGAAGCGGAGAUAAAGGCUCACAUUGACACUAAGCACACAGGGGAAGACAGGAAGACCCCUAGUGAGUCCAACAGCCCCUCAUCAUCCUCCCUCUCAGCUCUGAGCGACUCUGCUAAUAGUAAAGAGGAUUCUGACAGCUCCCAGAAGAGCAAGAGUGGGAACAACCUGCUGGUCAUUUCUGUGGUGCCUGGGAGUCAGCCCUCAAUGAACAGUGAGGAAAAGCCGGAAAAAGGGUUCGAAUGCGUGUUUUGCAACUUUGUCUGCAAGACGAAGAACAUGUUUGAGCGCCAUCUGCAGAUACACCUCAUUACCCGGAUGUUUGAGUGUGACGUGUGCCACAAGUUCAUGAAGACCCCUGAACAGCUGCUGGAGCAUAAGAAAUGCCACACUGUCCCCACCGGUGGGCUCAAGUGCCCAUUCUGCAUUUAUUCCACCAACCGCCCCGCUGCUAUGGAGUGCCACCUCAAGACCCACUACAAGAUGGAGUACAAGUGCCGGAUCUGCCAGACGGUGAAGGCCAACCAGCUGGAGCUGGAGACGCACACCCGGGAGCAUCGCCUGGGCAACCACUAUAAGUGUGACCAGUGCGGCUACCUGUCCAAGACCGCCAACAAGCUCAUCGAGCACGUGCGUGUGCACACCGGGGAGCGGCCCUUCCACUGUGACCAGUGCAGCUACAGCUGCAAGCGCAAGGACAAUCUGAACCUGCACAAGAAGCUGAAGCAUGCCCCCCGCCAGACCUUCAGCUGCGAAGAGUGCCUGUUCAAGACCACCCACCCCUUCGUCUUCAGCCGCCACGUCAAGAAGCACCAGAGCCUGGACGGCCCUGAGGAGGAUAAAAAGGGCCCGCGUGUGGCCCCCAAGGAACCGGCUGGCCCCGGGGCCCCACUCCUGGUGGUGAGCAGCUCCCGGAACCUCUUGUCUCCCCUGUCACUCAUGUCGGCCUCCCAGGCCUUGCAGAACGUGGCCCUGUCUGCCACCCAUGGCGGCAGCAGCUCGGAGCCCAACCUGGCACUUAAAGCGCUGGCCUUCAGUGGCUCCCCUUUGGGUUUAGACAAGUAUCGGAACUCGGAUUUUGCCCAUCUCAUUCCCUUGACGAUGUUGUACCCCAAGAACCACUUGGAUCUCACAUUCCACCCUCCCCGACCUCAGACCGCCCCGCCCAGCAUCCCUUCCCCCAAACACUCCUUCCUCGCCUACCUUGGACUGCGAGAAAGAGCAGAGACUGUCUGAGGACAGCCAUGGUCUGUACCAAAAACAAAGAGACAAAUAAUAAUAAUAAUAAUAAUAACCCGCAAAACUUAAAACACAACCCCAGCAGGUGUAAGUUGCUGCAAAAUCUACAGACCCCCUUUCCCCCCAGGGGCCUGCACCAGUGUACUGUAUAUGUUUAAUAAGGAAUAGAGAAUUGGCUCUGUGUGUAUACCUAUCGCAUUGACCUGAAAAGCUGCUUUACCCAAUCUUCGGAGAGGUCACCCGCUGCAUACUUCUACCUUCAGAGGCAUGCCUCCCCAGACACCCACCCCAUCUCUCAGCCCUUCCUGCCUCCUCUUCUCUGAAAGGAAUUCUGUCUCGUCCAGCCCUAAAGCGAGUGUCCUUAAUUGCAGUCAGCCCUCAUAAGCUCACACACCAGAUGAAUGGGGCGUGUGGGCUCUGGCGGAUUCUGGGAAAGAGAGCCGCGCACGCGCGUGGCAUGUGUACAGCCUUCGUCCUGGCUUCUUUCCAACCGCGAAGAACCUGCUUUUCCCCUCCUGGGCUCUUUCAUCCACUCCGCUCUCUUCCUGAACUCCUCCAUCGCCUCCCCCUCUCUCUAAUGGCUCCAGCGUGGUAGGGCCGGGUGCUGCUGAGUGGAUGAAGGAAAGGUGGGCUCCUGCAGCGCUGCCAGAGCUUUCUGAUAGAGCAACCUGAGACCCUGCGCUCAGACCCCUCUGCCGAGGAGGUUGCAAAGGCUCGCGCACGGCUGCUCUACGGAAAUAUCUCGCAGCACUGCAGCCAAUAUCGCACCGCGGAAGUGUGUGUGCGUGUGCGUGUGCUCCUGUACAUCCAUGACAUGAAUGACACAUGUGCACACACACACAGAAUGCAUCAUUUUUUAAGGGCAGAUUAUAUAUAUAUAUAAAUAUAUAUGAGAUGUAUUAAUUCAGUGGUUACCAUUUGUUUGCAGGAAAAGAAAACUGUAUGAAUGGAAAAAAAACUUUAUGAUUCCUAAAUCCAGCCAAGGAGAUUAAAGCGGUUUGGAUAAACUCUGGGUAUAAAUGCUCAGACUAAAAAAAAAAAAAAUGGCAGUUUUGCACAGUGCUUUGGUCUUGCACUAGUUUUUGUUUCUCAUCUGAAAAAAAAAUGAAAGGAAAGGAAGGAAAUGUACCUGUUUUUAUGGAAUGAGUAGAUUCUAUGUUUGAAAAUUUAGCCACAAUCUCUUUGACAAACAAAAAGGUGCUGUUUAGUCCUCUGGUUUAGUUGAUGCCCCCUGCGAAAUGUCCAUUGUGUCUGAAGAUCCUCUGGCUCUAGCGGUAUUCUCCGUGUUCUUAGCGAUUCUAUAUUCCAUUUUGUUAACGCCUGGUAGAUGUGAGCUGCUAGGAGGCUAACUUGAUACUUAUUUAAAGCUCUUAUUAUGUGGUCAUUAAAAUGACAACAUACUUGCAGCACUUUAUUGCAGCAGGCCGGAAGCAGGCGUGGAUUGAGCGUGUAGUCCCUUUGCUGAUCUUCAAAAGUAAUGAGUGAUUUGAAAAGGAAAAAAAAAGAGUAAGGGGAAAAAAAAUCUUUGAAUAUGCUCAUUGCUUUUGUUUUGGGGACAACAGAAUUUCCAGCUCAAAACAGGCUGAAAGAGCACGAAGAAGUGUGCUCUGUGUAGAGCCCGAGGUCUGUAUGUACUUUAGGGGAAAAGUCGCACGCGGGAGGAACUUUCUCGCCCUAUCACCGUUUCCCAUUACAUCCUAGGCUAGCGUUGGGUGUUUGUGGCUUUUUUGUUUGAUUUUGUUUUUCCCAUCCUUUUGUCCAGGGAAAAAUAAAAGCCUCCCCGAUUUUCUUCCUCUAGUCAGUUUGCUUCACUGAGAGCCCCCUGGGACUGAGGGAGCCAGAAGAUCGGACUGUCUGCCCCCAUACCUGUGGUCUCCCUGUUCCCCCCCGACCAUGACAGUGACCUCCCUAUUUCCUGCAGCCCCAGAGCCUGCAAGUGUGCUACACACUUCCCUCCACCAGGCCACCAGGCCGGGGGGAGGGGCGCCUGCUCGGUGCCCUGGCCAACUGUUUACACUAAAGGAGAUGUUCAUGGGAAGCUCCCAGAGCCUCAGACCUUCUCUACCAGAGACCGUGUUGGACAUGCUGUCCAACCUCAUCCUGUGUCCCAGUCUCAGUGGAAGACACUAUAAACAGUUAGGAACAUCACACUCCAAGAAUACUGGGCUUUGGGGUGGAUUCGGUCGGGGGUUUUUUGUUUCUUUUCUUUUUUUUUAAGUCGUGUCUUUAUCCCCAUCUAAUGGAGAACGUGCCACUUGGCUAAUGAUGUGUUUUCAAAAUUACAAGUUCAGUGACGAUAGGAAAGAGGGCCUUGGUGAUCCCACAGAGGCUGGCAAAACAGGUGCAUGACACUUAAGCACCAGCAGGUUCAAAACCUGAAAGGGUGACACUGGCCGUUAGGACUGCAGGUUGUCUAGCAUGCCUCUUGUGCAAUAGGAGGCCCUAAGGUCAGAACUUUCCAGAGCAAGGGGGGUGACGGAAGGAGACAUUUACUGCUCAAAUGCCAUGCAUUUCACUGCUUGCCACUGAACUUGUAUUUGAAUGACUUAGUAAUAAUGCUUAAUAAAAUUGGGCAACUUUUUUAGCACUUUGGAGUCAUCAAUCUUUCUGGUAAAUUAUAAAAGUUUUCUGAGUGAGAAAAGGUGUGUUUGGAGUUUGUUUGACUUUUUAUAUAUUAUUGUUGUUAUUAAUAAAGGAAAAGAUCUACAGCAUUUUUCAGAUUCCAGCUAGAUAAUGUGUACCCCUGAAUUUGGUUUGCAGUUUGAUGCUCAGGGAAGGAUGUAUUCCAUAGAUAUCCUUUCCAUGUAAAAUACUAACAUCUUUGAGAAAUUCACCCACCAAGUAACUCUAGUUCUGAUUUCACUAUGCAUUCUCUAUGAAAGCUUAUUUUUCCAUAUAGUAAUGCAGUUAGGGUUCUCUGCACUUUCUUCUAUCCUUUUUUUAACUCUUCAUAUUAUGUUCAGAUGAUCAUACUGUCAAGGUUUGUGUACAUUACUGAAAAUUUGUAUUGUAUAAAGCUUUUUGCAUUACAAGGCUGUACAGGGUCAUUUUGACAGUAACUGGUAUAUUCCUUUGCCUCUUAUGUUGCAUUGCCAAUUUCUAGUGUAUCCAGUUUGAAAGUAUAAUAUACUCUAAUUAAAAAGAAAAA